AUGAACGCGCCACCGGAUCGCAGGAAAAACGUGCGACAACUGGCUCUGGAGAUUGGCAUCCGAGUUCUGCUUUUUGGAGUUUUUGUGUUCACUGAGUUCCUGGAGCCUUUUGAGAGAGUGAUCCAACCAGAAGAGCUGUGGUUGUACCGGAACCCUCUGGUGGAGUCAGACCACAUCCCCAAAAGAGUCAUGUUUGCCAUUUCCUUUCUCACUCCGUUGGCCGUGAUUUUCGUGGUGAAGAUAAUUCAGAGGACAGACAGGACGGAGAUCAAAGAAGCAUGUUUAGCGGUCUCCUUGGCCCUUGCCCUUAACGGUGUCUUCACAAACACAAUAAAACUGAUUGUUGGAAGACCCAGGCCAGAUUACUUCCAGCGUUGUUUCCCUGAUGGACAGGUGAACGUGAAAAUGCUUUGCACCGGAGAAGCAGAGGUCGUGUCAGAGGGCCGCAAGAGUUUCCCCAGCAGCCACUCCUCUUUUGCCUUUUCCGGUCUGGGCUUCACCUCCUUCUACCUGGCGGGGAAACUGCAGUGCUUCACGGAGCAGGGUAGGGGGCGCAGUUGGAGACUCUGUGCCAUGGUCCUGCCUCUCUACAGCGCUAUGAUGAUCGCUCUGUCCCGCACCUGUGACUACAAGCACCACUGGCAAGAUGCUGUUGUCGGGGGAGUGAUUGGACUGCUUUUUGCCUAUAUCUGCUACCGCCAGCACUACCCGCCUUUCCUCCACACGGACUGCCACCUGCCUUAUGCCAGUCUGGCCUCUGCCCCCACAUCUGCCUCUGGCCACGCCCACCUCCACCCACAGGACGACCCCCCGCCCACCGAAAACGCCACCACUCUCCCCAUGGAGGGUCUCACGGAGGGGACCUUAUGA